AUGAUUGUCAAAGAAUAUCGGGUUGUUCUUCCUAUGACAGUUGACGAAUAUCAAAUCGGGCAGCUAUGGUCCGUUGCGGAAGCGUCUAAAGCGGAAACCGGUGGUGGAGAAGGGGUCGAGGUUCUGAAAAAUGAGCCCUUUGAUGGUGUACCACUUUUAAAUGGCAAAUACUCUAAAGGACAAUACACACACAAGAUAUAUCACCUUCAAUCAAAAGUUCCCACUAUAAUCAGAAAAAUAGCACCUAAAGGGUCGUUGGCCAUCCAUGAGGAGGCUUGGAACGCUUAUCCUUACUGCAAGACUGUUCUUACUAACCCUGAUUACAUGAAGGGUAAUUUUUUCGUGAAAAUCGAGACCAUACACCUUCCAGAUCGAGGGACAUCUGAAAACGCUCAUGACCUUAGCCCUGAAGAGUUGGAGAGGAGAGAAGUAGUGCAUAUUGAUAUCGCUGAUGACAGUCAGUAUCUUCACGCUGCUGAUAUUCAUUCCUCAACUACUCCAAGCACGUUUGUUAGCUCGAAAACUGGCAGAGGUCCUUUAAGUGGGAAUUGGAUCGAAACUGUUCAACCAGUGAUGUGCGCCUACAAACUUGUUAGCGUUCAUUUUAAAUGGUUUGGACUGCAGAAAAUGGUCGAGAGUUAUACACACACGCAAUAUCCCCGUCUAUUCUCAAAGUUCCAUCGUGAGGUGUUUUGUUGGAUGGACAGUUGGUAUGGUUUGACAAUGCAGGAUAUCCGUGCGAUUGAGGCUAAAGCUCAGAAGGAACUGGAAGAUCAAAGGAAAAGUGGACAGGUAAGAAGUCCCUUCGACUAG